AUGGCUGCAUGCCCGACGCUCGUAUCGCUCCACGUGGGAAAGGGGAUUACUCCAGAGUGGGCCUGGGAUAGGGAGGACGAGCAUCCCGUGACCGAGGCCGGCUUGGACCAUUUUGUGCGCAGCUGCACUCAGCUGCAGCACCUCUCGCUCUACUGCCUGCAUCGAUACGGGAAGCCACCUGCCUCUCUCUCGCUCCUUACGGACCUGCACACCCUGACUCUAACCCACAGCGCAGCUCUUCAAGCACCAGGAUUCACCAACCUGUGUUCUCUUGCCACUCUCUCCGUUGACAUCUCGGAGCAUGAUGAGGAGCUGGAUCUCACCACCCUCGUGCACCUCCCGGCCUUUGCCAACCUCGCUCUCUCAUGCCAUAAUCUACCGGAGCUGCCAGAUCACUUCACUUCCCUCCACUGCCUCCAGAAGCUGACGAUUUCCUCGCUCGACCUGGCGAGCCUACCUGCGAGCUUCAAAAAGCUGUCUGUUUUGAAGGACUUGACGCUGCACCGGCUGCCGAUCUCAGGCCUGCCGGACUCCUUCCACCAGCUCACGUCGCUGGAGGUUUUGAAUGUGCACGAUUGCCUCGCCAUGGUGGAGUUGGGGGCGAGCUUCGGCAGCCUCCACGCACUCAAGUCUCUCAGCAUCGCCAACUCGCCAAAGCUGGUUCUUCCGGAAGACAUCGGAGGGCUCACGGACCUUCACACUUUCUGA